AUGGACACACAGCCAGUACAGGGAGCUACAAAUGGAGAGAACGACGAAUCCGUGCUUUUGAACGAGGAGGGAGUGGCAGGAGGGUCGAUAACGAAGCGGAUAGAAGAUAAAGUACGGGCGGGGUUGAAGGUCGAGCAUUUCGAAAUAGUAGAUACAUCCGGCAACUGCGGCUCCUCUUUCGCUAUCAUCGUCGUGUCUCCCGAUUUCGCAAAGAAGCUGCCUCUGGCGAGACAUAAGAUGGUGAACCAGCUCUUGACCGAGGAGAUUGCCCAGUUACAUGCCUUUUCUCAGAGAUCGUUGACACCCGAACAGUGGGCCAAGGAGAAGCGCUAG